AUGAAAUUAUCCACUUUAAUUCAAAUCGCUACUGUUUUUGCCCCAGUGAUCUUGGCUCAAACUACAAUUCUUAUACCAGCAAGCACCAUUAUUGUUCCCGAUGGCCAAGAACCACCAACAGUGCCAGCAGGUGGCGGUGGAGGUGAACAGCUUACAGCUACUACUCCCGCUAGAACUCCGCCCGUGACUGUGACCGAUACUACUGAAGUUACACCCGGUACAGGCACUGAAGGUGGCACUGGUCCAGAGACGGUGCACGUGACUGAAACCAGGACAGAAACGGCCACGGGCACUGGUACUGAAACGGGUGAACAAACGGGUGAACAAACCGGCGAACAAACGGGUGAACAAACUGGCACCGAAGAGACCCCUCCAGGGGGACACCCAACGGAGCACAACACCACUACGGCUACGCCUCCACCCUUGACCAACACCACUACAGCUACGCCUCCACCCUUGACCAACACCACUACAGCUACGCCUCCACCCGUGACCAACACCACCACUGCAACGGGAACUCAAACUGGAGGCAACGCUACCACUGCAACGGGAACUAGAACUGGUACUGGUACUGGUACCGGCACUCAGACUGGCACGGGAACUGCUACUACCACAUAUACCGCUGAGGCUGCUGCGGUUGCUGUUGGUGCGCUCGGAUACCUCGUUGCUGCUUUGAUAUUGUAA